UGCGUUUUACUGACUCAACUUAAACGCCUCACAGACAAAAUACAGGCUAGUUUUGCUCGGUUUUCGGUAAUUGUUCGCAUAAAGAAAGACUUGUCAUCAUGCCGAUGUGUGGAGGCACCUCAGACGUAAAGGACGCCGAUGAGAGAGUUCAGCAGAUUUGUGAUAAAGUGAAGCCUCAUGUGGAGCAGAAAGCAGGGAAGACCUAUGAUGUCUUCACCGCCAAGAGCUACAAGAGCCAACUCGUAGCGGGGACCAACUUUUUCAUAAAGGUCCAUGUUGGGGGUGAUGAUCAUCUUCACAUACGUGUUUGGCAGAAGCUCCCAUGUAACGGAGGGGAAGUAGAGCUGAGCGAUAUUCAACUCGCCAAGAGCCACCAUGACCCUAUUGAGUACUUCUGAACAACUGGCUGUCCAAGCAAAGCUCCAGUGCCUACACACUGCAGCCUCAGUGUAAUCCGCCUAUAUCCUGUCACUCCUUUUCCUCAUACACUGUAGUAACUGCAUUCAGUGUGGAUCAUGUUUUAUUACUGUUAAGAAAAUUGUUGUACCAUAUGUUUGAAUAAACAGAAUGGGAAAUCA